UUUACUCUGAAAGUCUACAUGAUAACAUAUACUGUAAUAAAAAAGGUUAUCGCUUAUUACAGUAUUUUUGCGAGACAGCUUGAAAUGAGUGCAUAAUAAACAGCAGUACACAUUAUUGUUUCUUGAAAUAAUAGGGGAUUCGUACAGUAUUUUUGUAAUCAUCCUUUUAUCGAUACUUAAUUUUUUUAAUAAAAUUGUGUAAUAUAGAUGAAGUAUAGUUUUACGAAGUGAGUUACAGUACCUGAAAUUAAAAAACCAUCGAGACAUUUUCUUCUAUAAAUAGAGAAAUAUUAUUAAAGGAUUUGAGAAAUGAAGGGAGAUUCAAACAUCCUAUCUGGUCCACCAUUUAUUUCAAAGGGAUUUCAUUUAUCUUUAGGACAGUAUCUUCAUGGCCGUAUACAAAAAUAUGGAUCAAAAACUGCACUGGUCAAUGCAGAUACUGGCGAAGAAGUAUCAUUUGAGAAAAUUAUAAACGAUAGUCGUAAAUUGUCAGUUUACUUACAAAAAUUAGGUCUAACAACAAACGACCGAAUUGCUAUAUGUAGCGAAAAUAAUUUCAAUUUUUGUACAGCAUCGUUUUCAAGUUUUCUGCUCGGAAUUACAUUGUGUCCUGCAAAUCCAUUAUAUACAGAAACAGAAUUUGUUCACAUAUUAUCGAUCUCAAAGCCAAAGUAUAUUUUUGUAUCACCUACAGUUGCAUCAAAAUUGCGAAAAAUUGCCAGUGAAUUGCCAUGGUCUCCAAAGCUGAUUUUGCUCUAUACCGAUGUUUCCCAAUCAGAAAUUCCUAAUGUUCCUGAUAUCAUAAACAAAGUUCCAGACUUUGAGUCAGACAACCUACAACUUCCUCGAGUUGACAUUGAAAAUCACGUGGCGGUUAUUCUUUAUUCGAGUGGGACAUUAGGUAUGCCUAAAGGAGUUAUGCUUACUGAUAUGAAUCUUUUACAUUUGGCCGAACGAUUGGUUGAGUUCACUGAUACAUCCAUAUUACCCGACGAUAUGAGCCUUACAAUCUCUGGCAUAAUGCCAUUUUUCCAUGGUUAUGGAUUUUCUGCUCUAUUUCUAGUUUCUCUUCAUCUAGGCCUAAAAAUGGUUACAUUUGAUCGAUUUGAAGAAAGGAAAUUCUUAGCAGCAAUUGAGAAAUACAAGAUUAAUAUAUUAACAUUGGUGCCAACACUCAUAGUAUUUUUCGUAAAAAGUCCUUUGAUAGAGGAAUAUGAUUUAUCGAGCAUAUUGAAAGUAAUAUGUGGUGGAGCAAAACUUUCACUGGAAAUGGAAAAAGCCAUGAUUUCACGAUUUAAUCUUGAUCAUAUCAACCAUAGUUAUGGACUGACUGAGACAUCGUUUGCUGUUAUUAGCCAGAAUGCAAAGCGCAAUAAAAUUGGAAGCAUUGGGAUUUUGGAACCGGGAAUAUCAGCUAAAGUCAUUUCAAUUGAAGAUGGGAGUUCUAAGGAGGCUUUGGGACCAUAUUGUGAGGGGGAACUCUGCUUUAAAGGUGCAAAUAUUAUGAAGGGUUACUGUGAUGCUCCAGACUCCACCAAAUCUGUGAUAGAUAAAGAUGGCUGGUUACAUUCUGGAGACGUAGGGUAUUACGAUGAAGAUGGAUAUUUUUAUAUUGUUGACAGAAUCAAGGAACUUAUCAAAUACAAGGGUUAUCAAGUAGCUCCUGCUGAAUUGGAAGCGAUUUUAAUGACACAUCCAUCAGUAACAGAUACUGCAGUUGUCGGAUUACCAGAUGAGAAUGCAGGCGAAUUGCCACUCGCUUUUGUGGUAAAAAAGUCUGAUUCAAAAUUGACGACUGACGAAGUUGUUAAUUAUGUUAAUGAAAGAGUAUCACCAACAAAAAAACUUAGAGGUGGAGUGAGGUUUGUAAACAAAAUUCCCAAGAAUGCAACGGGUAAAAUACUUCGAAGAGAAUUGCGGAGUAGCCUUCAAUCCAAACUGUGAUUUACUGAAUGAUUGACCUUGAUAUUAUGGCCAUUUUGCAAGACAUCGGAGAAAUCGUGUCCCUGAGCCAUUAAUAUGUGCAUAUUGCUUA